AUGGAUCAUGCUGCUGAUGCUCAAAGAACUGAUUUGAUGACCAUAGCUCGUUAUGCUCUUAACGAGCAGUCCAAGCAUCCGGAGGCAUGCGGCGAUUUCACCAUCUUGCUCAACCACAUUGUUCUCGGUUGCAAAUUUGUCUGCUCCGCUGUUAGCAAGGCAGGUCUUGCAAAAGUAAUUGGACUUGCUGGAGAGACCAAUGUUCAGCUGAUAGUUCUUUACGAAGUUUUUCCAAUGUCCUUCCUGGUUGAGCAAGCUGGAGGUCAAGCUUUUACUGGCAAGCAACGGGCUUUGGACUUGGUUCCAAAGAAGAUACAUGAGAGGUACCCAGUUUUCCUUGGAAGCUAUGCUGAUAUUGAGGAAAUUAAACAACUUUAUGGGGCUACUUAA